ACUCGAGCAGUCACGUUUCUGCGAGAGCUCUCUCUCUUCACGACUUUUUUCAUCAUCCGGGUAGCACUUUUACUUAAGAACGAGAGGAGAAAGUGGUUGGGUUUGGUGGUGGGUGACUGAAUUAGUGAGAUUGUCACCUUUUCACUUACUUACUUAAGGACAGUGAUCCUUCUUGACGGCGGGUGUAUGUACAUAGUGAGUGAGUGAGUGGGGUGACAUUUUGUGGGUGUGGGUGGGUGACAUUGUGUGUAGUUUGAGGGGGGACGUUGUCACCUUCCGGGUAGUUACACCCACUCGUUCUCAUCUUACCCCCUGGGGGAGACGUGCCCAAGGAAGUAUUUCUCGACUAGGGAACUUUUGUAGGGAGUGACUGACAUUUUGAGUGGGUGACACUGUAUCUGCUUCGGGUUGACCCCUUCCUGUCAGUUACACCCCCUCUUUUCUCACCUUCCCCCCAGUUGAACCGUUACAGGAACUAUAAUUAUUUAUUAAUUUGUUACAUUUGGUGUGUGUUUUGUGUCCUUUGGGACAUUUGGUGUUCUUGUCAGUUACACCCACUACUCCGCCUCCUCCUCCUCCCAGUAAAAUUGUGUCGUCGCACCCGGAACUAAGCCGGUUAUCCGAAUUGCAAGUGUAUGAGUGACAUUUUGUGGGUGGGAUUGUACGUACUUUCGAGACGAAGUUACCCUAGGUAGUUACACCCCCUUUGCACCUUCCCCCCCCCUCGAGAGUCGUUACGGCGGGAACUAUAAUUGCUAAUUUUUAUUAUUACUCGUUCCACCAACAAAGAAACUUUUCUCCUCGUUUCCGAACUUGGUUCAUUUCGCCCCUUGGAAUAUUUCCGGUGUGACAAGGGCAGUCAUUUCUAGGAGGAAAAAAAGGUAGAAAAACCAACCUAUUUCUGCCGAGAGAACGCUAAAAAACAGACAGAAUACAUCACUUUUUACGGAUUUCGUCUCAUUUCUCCCACCAUUAAUCACACUCGGGAAGGAGCACGUUACAUACGUAGGAAACUUAUACCCUGACCGGAACUUACGUUUGGCCACGUCCGUCAUCAUCACUCAGGAGUUUUUAAAAAAGUGACCAUGGGAUGAAUUUUUUUUACCCACGUGACAUCAUCAUGGCGAUGCUUUCGAUAUGAUUGAGAUUGUCCAGUACGAUCGCCCGUGACCAUGAAGACGGACGAAGUCAACGUCAACUAUUUGAACGUCUCGUGUGACGAAAUCUUCGACGUGGUGAAAUGGAAGGACGCCAAAGUGCUGAUUUCCCUCGUUAUCCUCGCCUUCAUCAAUGUGGCCGUCAUCGUGGGCAACUGUCUCGUCAUUGCGGCCGUCUUCAUCAGUACGAAGUUACGCACGGUGACGAAUCUUUUCAUCGUGUCUCUCGCCGUGGCGGAUUUGAUGGUGGGGAUUGCCGUGCUUCCGUUUUCCGCGACCUGGGAAAUCUUCGAAAUUUGGAUUUUUGGCGAAGUUUGGUGCUCUGUGUGGCUCGCGGUGGAUGUCUGGUUGUGCACGGCGUCCAUUCUGAAUUUGUGCGCGAUAAGUUUGGAUCGCUACGUGGCUGUGACGAGGCCGGUGACGUAUCCGAGUAUUAUGUCCUCGAGCAAGGCGAAACUCCUCAUCGGCUGUGUCUGGGUUCUCAGCUUUCUCAUCUGCUUCCCCCCGUUGGUGGGCUGGAACGACCGAAAGCGAACCUAUUUUCGCCAAUUAGCCAAUUUGACGACUACCCUGCCCACCUUUGACAGCACGGUGGACGAGGCCGAUUCUGGCGCAGAUAUGGAUUCCUCCUCAAAUUGGAUCCUCUCCGACAACAAUGAGCCCUCCUCCACACCCGCCGAACCAGAAUCCAUGUACUACGAGGAGGAAUGCACCUACACGUGCGAACUCACCAACGAUAAGGGUUACGUCCUCUACUCGGCGUUCGGCUCCUUCUUCCUCCCCAUGUUCGUCAUGCUGUUCUUCUACUGGAGGAUUUACAAGGCGGCCGUGGAAACCACCAGGGCAAUUAAUCAAGGUUUCCGAACUACAAAAGGUUCCCGUCUGUUGGGGACGCGUUUUGAAGAGCAGCGUCUCACCCUGCGGAUCCACCGGGGGACGAGCCGUUCAGCCCAGCACCACCACCACCAUCAUCACCACUGCCCCUCCUCCCCCAAACCUAUGAUCUCAUCCCCCAGCAAUGGGAGGCAGCAGCAGCAGCAGCAGCAGCAGCAACAACUUCACAACAAUGGUGGCACCCCCGGCGGCAACAAUGGAAAUGGGAACGCGGGUGGUGGUGGAUCGGCAUCUUCCUCCUCCGCGUUGUCCCGCAUCCCUCGAAGCAGAUCUCACGAACGGCUUAAAGUGCACCUGACUCCGCCACCUCGAGGGAGCAGCAAACGGUCAGCCUCUUACCGAGCCCGGACCGGAAACAACCCUCCCGGACCAUCGGGUGGGUCCACCUCCUCCUCCGCGAACGGGGGGCUGCGUCCCUGCCCCACCUGCCAAAUGGGGGGUGGCGGAAGUCGGCGCGAGAAAAAGCUGUCUGAACGGCGCCAACGGCGACAGUCCGCCGACUCUGAUUCGACGACCCCCUCGCCCUCACCAACUUUGGGGGGCGUGACGAAGUACGAGAUCCUCUCCUCGUCCUCCGCGGAGGACGGGACGAAACCCAAACUUAUCUCGAGAAUGGGCAAGAGGAAUAUUAAAGCGCAAGUUAAGCGGUUUAAAAUGGAGACGAAAGCUGCCAAAACGUUGGGAAUCAUUGUGGGAGGCUUUAUCGGAUGUUGGUGUCCUUUCUUCACAAUCUACGUGAUCCGAGCCUUCUGCGCCACGUGUAUCCCACCCCUCCUCUUCUCAGUCCUCUUCUGGCUCGGCUACUGUAACAGCGCAAUCAAUCCCUGCAUCUACGCCCUGUUCUCGAAAGACUUUCGCUUCGCUUUCAAAAAGAUUUUGUGUCGCUGUUUCCUGUGCCAAAGGGAGAAGAAGCCGCAACCUCAAGUGGUCCCCAUUUUCCUCUCGUCACUCGGCGACAGCGAGGGAAACAAUGAACCUGAACAGGAUGGAUCCGACUCGAGAUAAAUGAAUGAAUAAAAUCUGAAGUGGGGAGAGAACAAAGGAAGAAACAUUUGUGUAGAGAAGAUUGUCAUCAGUCAUCAUUGGCGGCGGAAGACAGGGACAGGGGGAUAUUUCCACAAAAAUCGUAUAAGUUUCUCCCAUUUUUGAGGUGAAAGUUUCAAAGUAUUGCCGCGUUCUAGUGGUAAAAGAUUCAGUUCGGUAAUACCACGUGUUACCAAGCUGCAUUACCAAUCUGACCGUGUUUACUUAUAUGACCGUGUCGACCAAUAUGACCGUGUCGACCAAUAUGACCGGGUCGACCAAUAUGACCGUGUCGACCAAUCUGACCGUGUUUAUUAAUAUGACCGUGUCGACCAAUCUGACCGUAUCGACAAAUCUGACCGCAUCGACUAAUCUGACCGUGUCGACCAAUCCAUUCCUCGUUCUCUGUCCUACCAAAAUGAACACGUGGCAUAUAAGUACCACUUGUCAAUAAGUACCUCCUCCUAACGUCCCCUUAUGUCCCCCCCCCACCCCUUCCCUACUUCCGGACGCCAACAAUUCCACUCCAUGAAAAAGGAUGAAAGGAAAUGAUGCUGAAAAUCAAAGAAGCUUUUGAUUAAACAAAAAGAAACUGGAGUAAAUAUUUGUAUGUAUAAACAAAAAUAUUUACAAAUUUUGUUACACGUGUCAAUCAAUGCAUGAUUUUUUUUACUAUUUUUUAUUUUUACUUUGUUCUUGUUGGACUCAUUUUUACUUAUGUACUCAAUUUAGUUCUUACUUGUGUGUAAGACAACUGUGAUACAAAUUAGUUAAUUAAUUUUAAUUGUAAUUAAGAGAAAGUAUUUAUUAUUAAGGGGAGAUAAAUAUUUAAUAUUCUUGUUAAUUUACCGGGGUCACGUGUCAUGUCAUGUUAUAUAUUUAAGCCAAUUAUUAUUAACCGGAUGUGUCCCGGGAUUUAUACGUUACGUUACGUUACGCUAUUUAUUUAUUUAACACGAUUUUGUAUUCCAUUAUUUCACACGGAUUUUGUCGUAAAAAGCUGACUCGACAUGCGUCUUACUUUAUAUUGGAUUAUGCACCUGCAGUUAUUCAUGCAUACGUAAAAGUCUGCGUGUGGAGAGAAGAUCGAGUUAUUUGGUUGAGCAUGUAUGUAUGUGGCCAAAUAUAUUUUUAGUCGUGUCGUAAAAGAGAAAGUUGUUUCGUGUUCUUUGUUCAUUUCUGUUAAAUAAGAAGGACACGACUAGAGUUGUACCUACGAUGAUGGUUUCCAUUUGGCACAAAUUUUCCCCUGUAUAUUUAUGUAUUUGCAUAAAUUUGCAUGCAUGCGGGACGAAAAAUUCACCAUGCACAGUAGCCGUGGAAGCUGUGGGGACUUCGGGGGGGGGAUAUUGCCAU